AUGGCACUCCCUCUCGCGGCCCGCGGCCGACGCCGCGCGGACGGGCCGGGUAGACUUAUCCCGUGGACUGAAACGGACCCCAACCCACUGUUGGCCAGGGGCAGCUUGGUGGCCGCCGAGUGGAGACCGGAAGAGGGGUUCGUGGAGUUGAAGUCUCCUGCGGGUAAAUUCUGGCAGACCAUGGGCUUCUCAGAGCAGGGCCGGCAGCGGCUUCACCCCGAGGAGGCGUUGUAUUUGCUGGAGUGUGGCUCCAUCCAACUCUUCCACCAAGACCUGCCGCUGUCUAUCCAGGAGGCCUACCAGCUGCUGCUGACUGAGGACACCGUGAGUUUCCUGCAGUACCAGGUCUUCAGCCAUCUGAAGAGACUGGGCUAUGUGGUUCGACGAUUCCAACCAAGCUCCGUCCUGUCCCCUUAUGAGAGGCAGCUGAACUUGGACAGCAGUGCCCAGCACUUGGAGGAUCGGAACGGCAAGAGGAAGAGGAGGAGCUCGAGCUCUCGGUCCACUAAUAAGAAGACCAAGGCCCUGGACAACCCCCUACAGGGAGUGGAUGGGACACCCGAGAGCCUGCCUUCCUCUCUCCCACCUCCCUGCAACCAGAACAGCCGGUGCCCAGAGAAACCCCAGGAGUCAAGCCCCUUCCAGCUUCUGGGGUCCCUGGAGCCCUGCCCUGGCCUGGCCAGGGAGGUAGUGGGAUGCAGCCUGGAAGGUGGCAAAGUAGAGAAUGGGGUCAAGGGGGCUUGUAAGCCACGCUGGAACUUUGAGCAGAUUUCCUUCCCCAACAUGGCUUCAGAUAGCCGCCACACCCUCCUGCUUGCCCCAGCCCCAGAGCUGCUCCCAGCCAAUGUCACAGGGCGGGAGACAGACGCCGAGUCCUGGUGCCAGAAGCUGAACCAGCGGAAGGAGAAGCUCUCCAGACGGGAACAGGAGCAACAGGCAGAAGCCCAGCACUUGAGGGAGGAUGUAAACGCAGAUCCCGAGGUGCAGCGUUGCUCCAGCUGGCAGGAGUACAAGCAGCUGCUGCAGAGAAGGCACCUGCAGAGGACCCAGAACCGCCCCCAGCACCUGUGGGACCAGCCUGUCACCCCCUUGCUGCGUCCCGGCCAGGCAGACUCCCCAGCCGCAGUCCUUCAACAUAUCUCUGUGCUGCAGACAACACACCUUGUUGAUGGAGGUGCUCGGCUGCUGGAGAAGUCUGGGGGCUUGGAGAUCAGCUUUGAUGUUUACCAGGCUGACGCUGUGGCCACAUUCCGAAAGAAUAAUCCUGGCCAGCCCUAUGCCCGGAUGUGCAUCAGUGGAUUUGAUGAGCCAGUCCCAGACCUCUGCACCCUCAAGCGGUUGUCCUACCAGAGCCAGGAUGUUCCUCUGAUCUUUGCCGUGGUGGAUCAUGGAGACAUCUCCUUCUACAGCUUCAGGGACUUCACACUGCCCAAGGAUCUGGGACACUGACCAGCUCUGGCAGGGCCUGGGGCCUGCUUGAGGGGGGCGGGGACCUGGACUGUCUACACUCAGGGACCAUCUGAGCUGCCUCCUACACCCUGUAGCUGCAGGGGCUAGUCUGGGUCUUGGCCCUGGGUGUCUGAUGCUUGCAGAAGAGCCACGCUGAGCCCCCCUACCUAGCUUCUGCAGCGCUUCCAAGCCCCAGGACUGAGACUGCUGCCUUACAGCUAUCCCCUUGGAACUCAGCACUGUAUUCUAGACCCAGAGAGGUGGGACGGAAGAGAGGACUCUGUGCCUUUAAACGAAAGGGUGCCUGCUUCAUGCGAUAAAGCCAAAAGCCAUAGCCAUUAAAAAAUAGAUCCCUUUU